GGCUUUUUUUUUUUUUUUUCCUCCCCUCCUCCUUAAAACGAUUUCCAUAGUAACCUGAUCAAGUGGCUCAGUAUCGCAAACCUGAGGAUUUCCGCGGCCCGCCGGCUUGACCUCAGUCAGGUUUACAGGAACUGUGUAAUUAUUUAUUAAAAUGGAAAACUGUGAAGAAAGAAAAAGAUAGCAGUUGGAGUUAAAAUUCCUGGAUGAAUAUUUUGCUUUUGAGAAGUCCACAUAUGAAAACGAUAUGCUGAUUUGGAAAGUCCCAGGAGUAAAUUACAAAAUUCAUUUUUUUCCAUUCAGUCCAUGGAUUUUUUAAUUAUUCCUUGGAGCUGAUGGAGUUCAGAGACGGUGCGUGAUGGGAAAUGUGGCAUGCCAGUGUUUUCCUAGUGAUUGCAUCUUGGAUUAGUUUGCUGCUCUUUUGAAGAGAUUCCAUUGUGAAGGGUAAGAACCUAAUGUGAUGGAUUUAUCUUCAGAGAUGAACAGACAUGGGAAGAAUCCAGUGAGUCACAAGCUAGAAGAUCAGAAGAAGAUUUACACGGACUGGGCCAACCACUACCUAGCAAAAUCGGGCCAUAAGCGGCUGAUCAAGGAUUUGCAACAAGACAUUGCAGAUGGAGUACUGCUAGCAGAAAUCAUCCAGAUCAUUGCAAAUGAAAAAGUUGAAGAUAUCAAUGGAUGUCCUAGAAGUCAAUCUCAGAUGAUUGAAAAUGUUGAUGUCUGCCUUAGUUUUCUAGCAGCUAGAGGAGUAAAUGUUCAAGGUCUAUCUGCCGAAGAAAUAAGAAAUGGAAACUUAAAAGCCAUUCUAGGGCUGUUUUUCAGUUUGUCUCGCUACAAGCAGCAGCAACACCAUCAGCAGCAGUAUUACCAGUCCCUGGUGGAGCUUCAGCAGCGGGUCACGCACGCCUCCCCUCAGGCAGAAGCCAGUCAGGCCAAAACCCAGCAAGAUAUGCAGUCCAGUCUGGCAGCCAGAUAUGCAACUCAGUCUAAUCACAGUGGAAUUGCAACCAGUCAAAAAAAGCCUACUAGGCUUCCAGGUCCCUCUAGGGUGCCAGCUGCAGGCAGCAGCAGCAAGGUCCAGGGAGCCUCCAAUUUAAAUAGGAGAAGUCAGAGCUUUAACAGCAUUGAUAAAAACAAGCCUCCAAAUUAUGCAAAUGGAAAUGAAAAAGAUUCCUCCAAAGGACCUCAGCCAUCUUCAGGUGUAAAUGGUAACAUGCAGCCCCCUGGCACUGCUGGGCAGCCCCCUGCCUCCGCCAUCCCUUCUCCGAGCACCAGCAAGCCAUGGCGCAGCAAGUCCAUGAAUGCCAAGCACAGUGCCACCUCCACCAUGCUGACCGUGAAGCAGUCGAGCCCAGCCACCUCUCCCACACCCUCUGCAGACAGACUGAAGCCCGCUGCCUCGGAAGGGAGCAAAACAGCUCCCUCGGGACAGAAAUCCAUGCUUGAGAAAUUCAAGCUGGUCAAUGCCCGGACAGCUUUACGACCCCCACAGUCUCCCAGUUCAGGACCCAGUGAUGGUGGGAAGGAGGAUGAUGCCUUUUCUGAAUCUGGUGAAAUGGAAGGUUUUAACAGUGGUCUGAACAGUGGUGGCUCAACAAAUAGUAGCCCCAAAGUGUCACCGAAAUUAGCCCCUCCAAAAGCUGGAAGCAAAAAUCUCAGCAAUAAAAAGUCUUUGCUACAGCCAAAGGAAAAAGAGGAAAAGAACAGGGACAAAAAUAAAGUUUGCACUGAACAACCAGUCAAGGACGAGAAAGAUCAGGUGACGGAGACGGCUCCAAAAAAGACCUCUAAAAUCGCAAGCUUAAUCCCAAAGGGCAGCAAGACGACAGCAGCCAAAAAGGAAAGCUUAAUCCCCUCUUCUAGUGGGAUUCCAAAACCAGGCCCAAAGGUGCCAACAGCCAAGCAAACUGUUUCACCUGGCAGCUCAGCAAGCAAAGAGUCUGAAAAAUUCAGGACUACCAAGGGAAGCCCUUCCCAGUCCCUCCCUAAGCCCAUAACCACUGAGAAAGCAAGCACAUCCAAUUGCCCUGCUCCUUUGGAAGGAAGGGAAGCCAGCCACGCGACUCUGGCGGGUUCCUGUGCGGGGUCAGCGGCACAAGGCAGUGGGCAGAGCACGGGAAAUGGUGCUGUCCAGCUCCCUCAACAGCAGCAACACAGCCGUCCAAAUACUGCCACCGUGGCUCCAUUCAUUUAUAGAGCACAUUCAGAAAAUGAAGGUACCUCUUUACCGUCUGCCGACUCCUGUACCAGUCCUACUAAGAUGGAUUUAUCAUACAGUAAGACAGCUAAGCAGUGCCUAGAGGAGAUAUCUGGCGAAGACCCGGAAACAAGAAGAAUGAGAACAGUGAAAAACAUAGCAGAUUUGAGGCAGAAUUUAGAAGAGACUAUGUCCAGUCUUCGUGGGACCCAGAUAAGUCACAGCACCCUGGAGACAACAUUUGACAGCACUGUGACCACAGAAGUGAAUGGCAGGACAAUACCCAACUUGACAGGUCGACCCACUCCCAUGACCUGGAGGUUGGGCCAGGCAUGUCCUCGACUUCAGGCUGGAGAUGCUCCCUCGCUGGGUGCUGGCUACCCUCGCAGCGGUACCAGUCGUUUCAUCCACACAGACCCCUCAAGGUUCAUGUAUACUACACCUCUCCGUCGAGCUGCUGUCUCUCGGCUGGGAAACAUGUCACAGAUUGACAUGAGUGAGAAGGCAAGCAGUGACCUGGACAUGUCUUCUGAAGUCGAUGUUGGUGGAUAUAUGAGUGAUGGGGAUAUCCUUGGGAAAAGUCUCAGGGCUGAUGACAUCAACAGUGGGUACAUGACAGAUGGAGGGCUCAACCUGUACACUAGAAGUCUGAACCGAAUACCAGACACAGCGACUUCCAGGGAUGUCAUCCAGAGAGGGGUUCACGAUGUGACAGUGGAUGCAGACAGCUGGGAUGACAGCAGUUCGGUGAGCAGUGGUCUCAGUGACACCCUGGAUAACAUCAGCACUGAUGACCUGAAUACCACGUCCUCGGUCAGCUCUUACUCCAACAUCACUGUCCCAUCCCUAAAGAACACUCAGCUGAAGACAGAUUCAGAGAAACGAUCUGCAGCAGAUGAGCCCUGGGAUAGUACCGAGGAGCUGAAAAAAACCGAGGAGGACUUUGAUAGCCAUGGGGAUGGAGGUGGCAAGUGGAAGGGCGUUUCCUCUGGACUUCCUGAAGACCCUGAGAAGGCAGGGCAGAAAGCCUCCCUGUCUGUCUCACAGACAGGCUCCUGGAGAAGAGGCAUGUCAGCCCAAGGAGGAGCGCCAUCGAGGCAAAAAGCUGGCACCAGUGCGCUCAAGACCCCUGGGAAAACUGAUGAUGCCAAAGCUUCUGAGAAAGGGAAGACUCCCCUGAAAGGAUCAUCUUUACAGCGGUCUCCUUCAGAUGCAGGAAAAAGCAGUGGAGAUGAGGGGAAAAAGCCCCCCUCGGGCAUUGGAAGAUCAACGGCCACUGGCUCUUUUGGAUUUAAGAAGCCAAGUGGAGUAGGCGCCUCUGCCAUGAUCACAAGCAGUGGAGCCACCAUAACAAGCGGCUCGGCCACACUGGGUAAAAUCCCCAAAUCUGCUGCCAUUGGUGGGAAGUCAAAUGCAGGGAGAAAAACCAGUUUGGAUGGUUCACAGAAUCAGGACGAUGUUGGGCUCCAUGUUAGCUCAAAGACUUCCCUGCAGUACCGCAGCCUGCCCCGCCCAUCCAAAUCCAGCACCAGUGGCAUUCCUGGCCGAGGUGGCCACAGAUCCAGCACCAGCAGUAUCGAUUCCAACGUCAGCAGCAAGUCAGCUGGUGCCACCACCUCGAAACUGAGAGAACCCACGAAGAUCGGCUCAGGGCGCUCGAGUCCCGUCACUGUCAACCAGACAGACAAGGAAAAGGAAAAAGUAGCAGUCUCAGAUUCAGAGAGUGUUUCUUUGUCAGGUUCCCCCAAAUCCAGCCCCACAUCUGCUAGUGCCUGUGGGACACAAGGGCUCAGGCAGCCAGGGUCCAAGUAUCCUGACAUCGCCUCACCUACAUUUCGAAGGUUGUUUGGUGCCAAGGCAGGUGGCAAAUCUGCCUCUGCACCUAAUACUGAGGGUGUGAAAUCCUCCUCUGUAAUGCCCAGUCCUAGUACCACAUUAGCGCGACAAGGCAGUCUGGAGUCACCGUCGUCUGGUACGGGCAGCAUGGGCAGUGCUGGUGGGCUAAGUGGCAGCAGCAGCCCUCUCUUCAAUAAACCCUCAGACUUAACUACAGAUGUUAUAAGCUUAAGUCACUCGUUGGCUUCCAGCCCAGCAUCGGUUCACUCUUUCACAUCAGGUGGUCUCGUGUGGGCUGCCAAUCUCAGCAGUUCCUCUGCUGGCAGCAAGGACACUCCGAGCUACCAGUCCAUGACUAGCCUCCAUACGAGCUCUGAGUCCAUUGACCUCCCCCUCAGCCACCAUGGCUCUCUGUCUGGACUGACCACAGGCACUCACGAGGUGCAGAGCCUGCUCAUGAGAACGGGUAGUGUGAGAUCUACUCUCUCAGAAAGCAUGCAGCUUGACAGAAAUACACUACCCAAAAAGGGACUAAGAUAUACCCCAUCAUCUCGGCAGGCCAACCAAGAAGAAGGCAAAGAAUGGUUACGCUCCCAUUCUACUGGAGGGCUGCAGGAUACUGGCAACCAGUCGCCCCUGGUCUCCCCUUCUGCCAUGUCAUCUUCUGCAACGGGAAAAUAUCACUUUUCCAACUUGGUGAGCCCAACCAAUCUGUCUCAAUUUAACCUUCCUGGGCCCAGCAUGAUGCGUUCAAACAGCAUCCCAGCCCAAGACUCGUCCUUCGAUCUCUAUGACGACUCCCAGCUUUGUGGGAGUGCCACAUCUCUGGAGGAGAGGCCACGGGCCAUCAGUCAUUCAGGCUCAUUCAGGGACAGCAUGGAAGAAGUUCACGGCUCUUCACUCUCACUGGUCUCCAGCACUUCUUCUCUUUACUCUACGGCUGAAGAAAAGGCUCAUUCAGAGCAAAUUCAUAAACUACGGAGAGAGCUGGUUGCAUCACAAGAAAAAGUUGCCACCCUCACAUCUCAACUUUCAGCAAAUGCUCACCUCGUAGCAGCUUUUGAAAAGAGUUUAGGGAAUAUGACUGGCCGACUGCAAAGUCUAACCAUGACAGCGGAACAGAAGGAGUCUGAACUGAUCGAACUAAGAGAAACCAUUGAAAUGCUGAAGGCCCAGAACUCUGCUGCCCAGGCAGCCAUUCAGGGAGCGCUCAAUGGUCCAGACCACCCUCCCAAAGAUCUCCGCAUCAGAAGACAGCAUUCCUCCGAAAGCGUUUCUAGUAUCAACAGUGCCACGAGCCAUUCCAGCAUUGGCAGUGGUAACGAUGCCGACUCCAAGAAGAAGAAAAAGAAGAACUGGGUGAACUCUAGAGGAAGUGAGCUGAGAAGCUCAUUCAAACAAGCCUUUGGGAAGAAAAAGUCCACCAAGCCUCCUUCCUCACAUUCAGACAUUGAAGAGCUUACUGAUUCGUCCCUUCCAGCGUCCCCCAAGUUGCCCCACAGUGCCGGUGACUGUGGGUCAGCCUCCAUGAAGCCCUCGCAGUCCGCCUCGGCGAUCUGUGAAUGCACAGAGGCUGAGGCAGAGAUAAUUCUGCAGCUGAAGAGCGAGCUCAGAGAAAAGGAAUUAAAAUUAACGGACAUUCGGCUGGAGGCGCUCAGCUCUGCGCAUCAUCUCGAUCAGAUCCGGGAGGCCAUGAACCGGAUGCAGAAUGAGAUUGAAAUACUGAAGGCUGAAAACGACCGGUUGAAGGCAGAAACCGGGAACGCAGCGAAGCCUGCCCGGCCCCCGUCCGAGUCCGCAAGUAGCACUUCCUCCUCAUCCUCACGCCAGUCCUUAGGACUCUCUCUGAACAAUUUGAACAUCACGGAGUCUGUCACCUCAGAUAUUUUGCUCGAUGACGCUGGUGAUGCAACUGGACAUAAAGAUGGCCGCAGCGUGAAAAUUAUAGUCUCCAUAAGCAAGGGCUACGGUCGAGCAAAGGAUCAGAAGUCUCAGGCAUAUUUGAUAGGAUCCAUUGGUGUUAGUGGAAAAACCAAGUGGGAUGUCUUAGAUGGUGUAAUUAGACGUCUCUUUAAGGAAUAUGUGUUCCGAAUUGAUACAUCCACUAGCCUUGGUCUGAGCUCUGACUGCAUUGCCAGCUACUGUAUAGGAGAUUUAAUUAGAUCCCAUAGCCUAGAAGUGCCUGAACUGCUGCCUUGUGGAUACCUUGUCGGGGAUAACAACAUCAUCACUGUGAACCUGAAAGGAGUAGAAGAAAACAGUUUGGACAGUUUUGUUUUUGAUACGCUGAUUCCAAAACCGAUGACCCAAAGGUACUUUAACUUGCUGAUGGAACAUCACAGAAUUAUACUCUCGGGACCUAGUGGUACCGGAAAGACCUACUUAGCAAACAAGCUUGCUGAAUAUGUAAUAACCAAAUCUGGGAGGAAAAGAACAGAGGAUGCAAUUGCCACUUUUAAUGUGGACCACAAGUCUAGUAAGGAAUUGCAACAGUAUCUAGCUAACCUGGCUGAACAAUGCAGUGCUGAUAAUAAUGGUGUAGAGCUUCCAGUGGUAAUAAUUCUCGAUAAUCUUCAUCAUGUGGGCUCUUUGAGUGAUAUCUUCAAUGGUUUUCUCAACUGUAAAUACAACAAAUGUCCAUAUAUUAUUGGAACUAUGAAUCAGGGAGUUUCUUCAUCACCAAAUCUAGAGCUGCAUCACAAUUUCAGGUGGGUACUAUGUGCAAACCACACAGAACCAGUGAAAGGCUUUUUAGGCAGAUAUCUUCGAAGGAAACUGAUAGAGAUGGAAAUUGAAAGGAACAUUCGCAAUAAUGACCUAGUCAAAAUUAUAGAUUGGAUUCCUAAGACAUGGCAUCAUCUCAACAGUUUUCUGGAAACACACAGUUCUUCUGAUGUUACCAUUGGUCCUCGACUUUUCCUUCCUUGCCCCAUGGAUGUAGAAGGUUCUAGAGUAUGGUUCAUGGAUCUCUGGAACUAUUCUUUGGUACCUUAUAUUCUGGAGGCAGUGAGAGAAGGUCUGCAGAUGUAUGGGAAACGAGCACCUUGGGAAGAUCCCUCUAAGUGGGUGCUUGAUACAUACCCGUGGAGCUCAGCAUCUUUGCCUCAGGAGGGCCCGACAUUACUUCAGUUGCGACCAGAAGAUGUUGGGUAUGAGGGCUGCAUAUCCACGAAGGAAGCUACAACCUCAAAGCACAUUCCACAAACUGACGCGGAGGGGGAUCCCCUGAUGAAUAUGCUAAUGAGACUCCAAGAAGCAGCCAAUUGCUCGGGCGCACAGAGCUGCGACAGUGACAGCACCAGCCACCAUGAAGACGUUUUGGAUUCAUCUCUUGAAUCUACCCUCUAGAGGGUGAAAAAAAUUUAGGGGAAAAGACUAUGCUUAAAAAAAAAAAAAAAAAAAAAAGUUUAAAAA